AUGGCAGACGAGAAGCUGAAGGAUGGUGUGAAGUCAGAGAACAGCCACAUAAAUCUGAGAGUAUCUAGCCAGGAUGGCUCAGUGGUUCAGUUCAAAAUCAAGAGGCACACACCCCUCAUUAAACUGAUGAAAGCAUAUUGUGACAGGCAGGGGUUAACAAUGAAGCUGAUUCGCUUCAUGUUUGAUGGCGAGUCAAUUAAAGAGACUGACACACCAGCUCAGUUGGAAAUGGAGGAUGAGGAUGCCAUCGAAGUAUUUCAGGAACAGAUAGCAGGCCUGAUAUAA